GUUGCCGAAUGUGGAGUAGAAUUCUUCCUAACACGUAUGGUAUUCCACAACAGCGGAAUUCUCCCCUUUAAUUACAACGUUGUUUCAGUUUGACAUCCUCAAAUACCUCUACUCCAUUCCUGGUUUUUUGCGAUUAAAUACUGGUACAAUAAGCUCGAGGAAAGAGGUAAAAUGAAAGUCAAAGACGUUAACAGAACAGCAAAUAUUGCAUGGAGUCCUGCACCUCAGUACCCAAUCUACUUAGCAGCAGGAACGGCUGCCCAGCAGCUUGAUGCUACAUUCAGCACCAAUGCUGCUCUUGAGAUAUUUGCCCUUGACCUGUCAAGUAGUGAUACAGCAAUGCCACUCAGAGGAACUGUGGCAUCAGAACAAAGGUUCCACAAACUGGUGUGGGGACCCCAUGGUAUGGAAUCAUCCAGUUCAUCGUCAGGCCUUUUGAUUGGUGGAAGUGACAAUGGGGUGAUCAGUAUCUAUGAUCCAACUAAGAUUUUAUCUGGAGAUAUUGAUGACUGUUUGGUUUUUCAAUCAACUAAACAUACAGGACCUGUGCAAGCUUUGGACUUCAACCCAUUUAAGACAAGUCUGUUGGCAUCUGGAGCAAGUGAUUCUGAAAUUUACAUCUGGGACUUGACAAACCCCACCAACCCUCUUACACCAGGAAGUAAAACUUUACCACCAGAUAACAUCAGUUGUGUAGCAUGGAACAGACAGGUGCAGCAUAUCUUAGCCUCAGCUUCUCCCUGUGGCCGCUGUGUUGUGUGGGAUCUGAGGAAGAAUGAACCAAUUAUUAAAGUCAGUGAUCAGAGUGCAACAAUUCGAUGCAAAGCAGUUGAAUGGCAUCCAGAUGUGGCAACUCAGAUGAUUUUAGCUUCAGAAGAUGAUAGAUAUCCAGUUAUUCAGAUGUGGGAUCUUCGAUUUGCUACGUCUCCCAUGAAGGUGCUUGAGGGACAUCAGAGGGGAAUCCUGUCAAUAGCUUGGUGCCCACAAGAUCCUGACUUACUCAUGAGUUGUGCAAAGGACAACCGUAUCCUUUGUUGGAAUCCUAAUACCCAAGUUGCAGGAGGAGAGAUUGUUUAUGAGUUGCCGACUACAGCUCAGUGGAGUUUUGAUGUUUCUUGGUGUCCAAGGAACCCUGCUAUGGUGUGUACUACAUCUUUUGAUGGGCACGUCAGCGUGUUUUCUCUCAUGGGUGGAAGUGCCUCUGGACAAGAUAUUCAACAACAAAAAGUGAUGAGUUCUUUUGAUGUGGAUGACCCAUUUAUGUCUCAAAUCCAUCAAGCUCAGCAACAACAACAACUGCAGCAGCAGAAAACGGCAGCAACCAGUGCCCCCUUAAAAAAGCCUCCAAAGUGGCUGCGUAGGCCUUGUGGAGCCACAUUUGCUUUUGGUGGAAAGCUGAUAACUUUUGGGUAUUCAAAAGAAUCACCGUCUAGUCAGGUCAACAUAAGUCAGGUUACAACAGAACAGGAACUAGUAGGCAGGUCUCAUGAAUUGGAGGGAGCACUUGCUUCAGGAAGUUUCAUGCAGUAUUGUAAUGCGAAGGUGGAGAGCAGUACACAGGAGUUGGAGCGAACACUGUGGAGUUUCUUGAAGAUAAACUUUGAGAGAGAACCUCGCAGACAUUUCCUAACACUUCUGGGUUAUGAUCCAUUGGAGCUAUCAAAAAAGGUGGCCUCAUCUCAUACAUCGUCAGCCUCAAGUAGCACACAAGGAGGUGUUAAUGCUGAAGAAUUAGUCCAAAAGAUGAAGCUGUUGAGCACAGGGGAAGCAAGUGGGAAAACAGGGGAAGGUGUGUUUUCUAGUGGAGCGAGUACCCCCUCAGUAGCAGAAUCCAAGACUCCAUUGUCUGAGGCUGGAAGUUUAAAUGAAGGUGCUGCAGCCUUCGAUGCUAUUGCUGCUGGAGGUCCAUUAUCAGUGGACACAGGGUCUGAGAUCGGAGUUAGUGAAGCUGUGAGGCCACGACUACCUUUCCAGAUACCUACAGAUGAUGAUACUGAUGGUCUCAUCACUCAAGCACUCCUAACUGGAAAUUUUGAAGCAGCUGUUGAUGUGUGUCUUCAUGCUGAUAGAAUGGCUGAUGCCUUCCUUCUUGCUAUUGCUGGUGGUCCAGAUCUUUUGGCCAGAAUACAAACAAGAUACUUUGAGAAGAGCAAGAGUAAUGUUGCAAGGCUGAUGUCAGUUGUUGUAAAUCGUGACUGGCGCGACAUAGUUGAGAGCUGUGUGUUGGAAAACUGGCGAGAAGCACUUGCAGCUCUUGUGACCUAUGCCAAAGCUGAAGAGUUCACUGCCCUGUGUGAUCUGCUUGGACAAAGAUUGGAACAGGAAGGUGAUGAGCACUGUGCUAAUGCCAUGGUCUGCUACAUUUGUGCUGGAAAUGUAGAGAAGUUUGUGUCCUGUUGGUCUAGAAACAUGCCAGCUGAACCUUCUCCCCUUGCUCUUCAAGAUUUGAUUGAAAAAGUCAUGAUAUUAAAGAAAGCUGUGGAGAGGGAACGUCGACUUUUGAUUGACAGUGGAUCAUCUGUUCUUGCGGAAAAACUCAGUAAAUAUGCAGAGAUUUUAGCAUCUCAGGGAUGCUUGGAAACAGCCAUGGGUUACUUGAUGACUGUAAAUGAUCAGGCAAGCCUGGGCGUGCUUAAGGAUCGCCUGUACACUGCACAGUAUCCAAGUCAUCUUGCUACUGCUACAGCUCCACCACCAUUCCCAUUCCAAAGGAUUGAUGUCCAAGCAGAACCUCUCCCUCAGGUUCAGAAUCAAGCUCAGUUUCAACAACAGCAAAGUUAUGGUGUCCCUGCACAACAGCGACAACAACAGCCGCAGCAGCUCUACCAGCCACAGCAGCAGCAACCCUCACCAGUAACUACACCUACUUAUCAACCAUCAAUGCCACCACAAAACACUCAGUUCUACAAUCCAGUUGCUUACCAACCACAGGUAUCCCAACCACCUUCAGUCUCUCAGCCAUCUUUUAACCAGCCUCCUCCUCCUCCUGCCUCUCAGACAACUUACUACAGUGGCCCACCACAGCCAUCACCCACUUCCAAUCAGCAGCAGGCUUCAUGGUCUCAAAAUCCACCAGUAUCAAUGUAUCAACCACAAUCUACCAACACUACACCAACACAAGUUCCUACACAGGCCCAGUAUAGUACUCAGAUGCAAAUGAAAGGUCCACAACAGCAGCAGCCUCCAGUGCAGAUUUUCAAUCCUGGUAGUUCAGUCACUCCUGGUGCACCGUAUUCAGGCCCUUCCCUAACUGGAGCCCCUCCAGUUGGCCCUCCUUCACAAGGACCUUCUGUGCCCCCUCCUUCUACUGGUCCACCUCCAACUGAACCACCUCCACUCACAGGGGCCUGGAAAGACUCUCACGUGAUGAGGGCUAAGAAGCACCAGGCUCAAACUUUCACUCCUCCUGCACCGAUUACUGCUCCGCUGUUCGGCGCGGGAGAACCACAGCAGCCACAGCAGACCCAACAGCAGCAGCCUUCCAUUGGAAUGCCACAAGGUGUCCCCCCGGCAACUGGUGCACCUCCUAUGAUGCCUCCGGGGGGUGGUCCUCCAGGGGCGCCUCCAAGUUAUGGAGAUGUGUCCCCUCAACAACGUCCUCAGGAACCUCCUGCUCCUGUUAUGAAGGGUCCCAUCCCGUCUGAACACCUUAUACUACAGGAAACUUUCAGUGGACUGGCUGAGAGAUGCAAAGGCACAGCUAAUAAUCAGCAUACAAAGCGCAAACUAGAUGAUGUAUCCAAGCGAUUGGAAGCUCUUUACGAUAAACUAAGAGAGCAAAAGAUGUCAAAUCCAAUCCUUGAGGGUCUACAUGAAAUAGCCCAGGCGUGUCAAGGAGGGGACUACCCCCGUGGUCUGAUGGCACAUACAAGGCUCAUAUCCAGCGGUAGUUUUUCGGAGAUCAGCACGUUUAUGCCUGGGCUCAAGUCUCUAAUGCAAAUAGCCACACAAUUACGUGUUUAAUGAUGUCUGCUGUUUAGAGAGAUUAGAGCCUUUUCAACUUGAAAUUAUUUUAAAGAAGAGUCAGCACGUGACCCUUACCCUAAUUACGGUGUGGUGUGGACGUUGUGUCCUCAUACCGGAAUAACCUCGAAAUUACUCCUCAUUUUGUACGCCCUGGUUGCGGGGCUUUUGAUUGAUAAGAUUUGAACUUCAGCAAGAAGGACGGGAGGUUGUUCUGAGUGAGGAUCCGUUGUGAUCCGUCGCCUAUUCGAAUUCACUAAUGGUGGGUAUCAGAAAAAGAGAGAUUCCAAAAAAAUGUCGCCAAGUUUAUUUUUCCCGCUGAUCAAAGGAACAGGGAACUAGACAAAGAUACGAAUAGAAGAUUACAAAUUUCAAAAUAAGUUAUGAAUGUAAUUUUUUCACUUUUUCCAGAAAGGAAACAGAGAUAAUAAGGCCGUGCAACCCUUUAGAUUUUAGGUCUGUUUCUUUGUUUUUCUCGUGGAGAAAACUUUCAAAUCGAAGGAAACUUGCGAAGGUGAUCAUGGUCACACUUUAAUUUUGGAAAUUUGGAAAGUACCCUUUUUCCAAACAGUCUUCGAUUCAAAGCCAGUUAAAAGGGAAAGAUUGCAAUGUUCUGUGACGAUUUUGCUACUAAAAAUAUGCGUUAACCAGUAUAAUUUUACAGUUCUUCUCAAUUACAGAUCGUGUUUAACUGGAA